UGACUGCAACCUAAGUGUAUGUAAACUUCCGACUUCAACUGUACGUUUAGGCCAACACCCCGUACCAGGGCUCUACAGUGGUACCAUUUUGGUCGCAUAUGCAUCAAAAUAUUUUACUCUUACCUGGAAUUUUAAUUCGGGAGCACCAGUUGUUGUUUGUAAUUGUUGUUAAUUCUUGUCAUUAAUACCUCCAUUUUUUUUCAUUGUGCCCCUACAUUUUAACUUAGGUGCAUGUGCUCCUUGUAAAACAUUUUUUAGCAUAGAGCCCUACAUACAUUUUUUUCCACUCAAACAUUUUGACAGUGAAAAGUUAUUUUUUUCUGAGCAUCUUUUAACUGUUGGAUCCCUAUUUUUGUCUUUUGAGAUGAUACACGAGAUGCUCACGUCUCCGCCAAACAAUGGGAGUCAUUGUUCCAAAGGCGGGAAGGCAGGAAACAAGUUUAAGUCCAAAAUAAGCCCAUUGAAACACAUUAGGCUUAUUUUGGACACAUUUUGGCCCAUGAAGACAGCCACGAGAGCCUGACCUCAGUCCCACGGCGGGACACCAUGGGAAGCUUCCUCCCCGACAGCAGCGCCUAUGAGCUCCUGACCAUCAUCGGUCGAGGCCUGGAGGACUUGAUGACCGUCAACCUUGCCAGAUACAGACCCACAGGGGAACACGUAGCAAUCCGUCGGAUUGACCUGGAGUCCUGCACCAAUGAAAUGGUCAACUACCUGCAGGCUGAGCUCCAUGUAUCUAAGCUGUUCCACCACUCCAGCAUCCUGCCCUACAGGAGUAUCUUCAUAGCAGAGAACGAGCUGUGGGUCAUCUCUCCCUUCAUGGCCUAUGGGUCAGCCAGAGACCUGAUCAGCAGCCACUUCACUGAUGGGAUGAAUGAGCUGGCCAUCGCCUACAUCCUACUGGGCAUGCUCAAAGCCCUGGACUACAUCCACCACAUGGGCUAUGUACACCGGAGCGUGAAGGCCAGCCACGUGUUGAUCUCGGUAGACGGUCAGGUGUGUAUGUCUGGUCUGAGGAGCAUCAUCAGUCUGAUCCGUCACGGCCAGCGGGCCAGAGUGGUCCAUGACUUCCCCCAGUACAGCAUCAAGGUGCUUCCCUGGCUCAGCCCAGAGGUGCUGCAGCAGAAUCUGCAGGGAUACGACUUCCGGUCAGACAUCUACAGUCUUGGCAUCACAGCCUGUGAGCUAGCCAAUGGACAUGUGCCCUUCAAAGACAUGCCAGCCACACAGAUGUUGCUGGAGAAGCUGAACGGGACAGUCCCCUGUCUGUUGGACACCACAACCAUCCCCCCAGAGGAGCUGACCAUGAAGCCCUCCCGCUCUGGGGCUGACUCUGGGAUCUGUGAGGGCCCCAGCACCGGAGGGGCCCACCACUCUAACGGAGAGCCCUCCUCCUCGGGGAGCCACCCCUACAGUCGUACCUUCUCUCCCCACUUCCAUGCUUUUGUGGAGCUGUGUCUCCAGAGGGACCCAGAGAAGAGACCCUCAGCCAGUGCGCUCAUUGGUCAUUCCUUCUUCAAACAGAUCAAGCGUCGGCCAUUGGAGGCUCUGCCUGAGCUGUUCCGGCCCAUAACGCCCAUCACGGGCUUUGAGAGUACCCAGCCUCAGGACGCUGCCUCUGUACUGGCCAGCCUGGAGUCUGGCCUCAGCCACAUGGAUGUGGAUGACUGGGACUUCUGACCACAGAGGAACAGGAGUGUGUAGUAACCAAGAGACGCUCAGAGAAGACUUCAGAUUGGAUUUACGCUUUGUUCUUAUUAAAUGGCCCAUGUAAAUAAUUCAAAGCAGUUUCUCCUCCCUUUGACUGGGUUUAAAAGCCAGCUGCCAUCUCUCCAGUCUAAAAGAUGCAUGAACUGACUGACACCCAAUUCCUUUCACGCACACAUCUCUCCAGAUUCUACUACAGCUCUGGACCCGUCGAAGAACCAUAUGGGCGAGUAUGUCCAGUCAGCUCUUUCACUUGGCAAUGGAGAUGUUCCAUUAAAGGUAUAGCAGAGAGACUACCUAUUUUUAUUUAUCUGAGCUGUACUUGACCCAUCUGACAAAGACCAGGAACUGACCGCAUUACCAAGGGUUGAUCCAAUCAGCCAUCUAGCCAGCAGAUUCCAGAAGUUUGUCCAAGGCUAUCACGAACCAGACAGUGUUUGCAUUUCCUCACAGCUGAGAAGAGGCUCUCAUACUGAACCGUCAGUUUUAGAGGGAAGAAAAAAUCUGUUUCUACCUGAAACCCUCAACUGAAGAUAGCAAGUUAACACUAGACUGUGCCAACUGAGGUCCAUGUAUUUGAUUGACCAUUUAUGUCCUGUGAAUGUUACAAUGGUGCUUGUUCCAGAUAGUUUGUCUGGGUUUCAUGAAGGGAAAGUGUUGGGAGUGUCAACUAUUUUACUUGAUAAUAAAUACCUUUCAACUC